GAGGUCGGAUCUUGAACCCAAGCAUCUGCUUAUAAUCUCCUGAAAUCCCAGCAAAAGGAAAACAGGUCUUUGCAAAAUUGGUUGUGAGGCAAAGGGUGACUGUAAAGCGAUGGAUGAUGCAAGAACAGUCCAUGAUGUCAAAGAGUACCCCACCAUAGACGUGCAGAAAGACCGAGUGCUGACUCUGGAAGAAUGGCAAGAAAAGUGGGUGACGCGCAAAAUCGGAUUUCAUCAAGAACAAGGACAUCAGUUAUUAAAGAAGCAUCUGGAUACUUUUCUUAAAGGAGAGACUGGACUGAGAGUAUUUUUUCCUCUUUGUGGGAAAGCAGUGGAAAUGAAAUGGUUUGCAGACCGAGGACACUACGUAGUUGGGGUGGAAAUCAGUGAACUUGCAAUACAGGAGUUUUUUACAGAACAAAAUAUUUCUUACUCGGAAGAGCCCGUUGGGGAAAUUCCUGGAGCUAAAGUAUUUAAGAGUUCUUCAGGGAACAUUUCGCUGUACUGCUGCAACCUUUUUGAUCUGCCCAGAGCCCCCGUGGGCAAGUUUGACCGGAUCUGGGAUAGAGGAGCCUUGGUCGCCAUCAAUCCUGGAGAUCGGAAGCGCUACGCGGAUUUAAUGCUGUCCCUCACGGGAAAGGGGUUCCAGUACCUCUUGGCUGUUCUUUCCUACGACCCAACCAAACACGGAGGCCCACCGUUUUACGUUCCAGAUUCCGAAGUCCGGAAAUUGUUUGGUUCAGUCUGUAGCAUUCACUCUCUGGAGACAGUCGAUGCCUUGGAGGACAGACAUAAGAGCUGGGGGAUCGACUCCCUCGUGGAGCAGUUAUAUUUACUGACGCGGAAGUGAGCACGCGCCUGCAGGUGGACUUGGCUUCUCUCACGAUGCCCUCAGCUCUGCCGGAACCACCCCCACGCACGGCUGGCCAAGGCUCAAAAAUCAUAUAAAUAGUUUCCACUGCUUGUUUAAAACAGAAAUUAAAGAGGGUGACCCAGGAGUUAGUACAGGAGGUAAGGUACUUGCCUUGCAUGUCGCUAAGCCUGGUUCCAUCUCUAUCACCCUGUCUGGUCCCCUGAACACAUCCAGGAGUCACUUCUGAGCACAGAGCCAUGAAUAGCCUUUGGGCACUGCCAGGUAUGGCCCCAAACCCCAAUAAAGUAAUAAAAACAGAAGCUGUCUUUAAUAUU